AUGGCUAUCUAAAUAGCAGUGAUUAUAUUUUUUUUGAUUUUAGUCAAAAUUAGUUGCAAGUGUGAUUAAAAAUUAGAUUGCUUUGACUAGAGAGUUAGUAAAUGCGUUUAAAUUGAUGGAGUAGAAUUUAUUGGAAGAGAAAUGAAAAAUGGGUACUGCGUGACUGACUCUAUAUAAUACGAUAAAAUUGAUUUUUGCAUCAGUAAAUAAGAAAAUGUAUGCAUAACUUAGGAUAGAAAAAGUUGUGUAAAAAUAUAGAAAUCUAAAAACAUAGUUGCAAUUACUGAAGAAGGUAUCUGUAUAGGAAUAUAUGAAAAUGCUUCAUAAUAAAGCAGGCCUUUGAGAUCUAUCAAUAUAAAAAUGUGA